AAUUUCCAGCUGCAAGCAUCACCCCAUCCAGCGAGAGACAAUCAAAUGGCCUCAUUCUAAGUAUGUUUAAGUAUCUCUUACCCCGCUGUUAACGGUCGGCAUUCCCCCACACUGUUGUUCUUCCCCAGGGGGUGGCAAUCUGAAUAGUAAUCUUGACCCGAAUAUCGGUCGGUCCAGAAAUCAACCUCGGCAACUUCUCCCGCGGGUACAAAGAAGUCGCAUUUCUUUCCUAUUUGAAUAAACUACCACUUGUGAUACCCUUCGCUGAUAGAUCUUACAUUCACUGGGUCGCUUCUUUUGUUCAUACUGCCUAUCGGAAUACAGCCCGAUCCUUUGCUAUCAAGACGUAUAUACAUACACUCAGUCUCGGUCUCAGAGGUAUUAGAUACAACAUGCCCUUCAACACCGCACUCACACGGAAGCUGGGCAUCACAGUCCCCGUUGUCCAGGGUGGCAUGCAAUGGGUUGGAUACGCUGAACUCGCAGCCGCAGUCAGCAACGCCGGCGGACUUGGAAUUCUCACUGCUCUCACUCAACCAACUCCCGAAGACCUCCGCAAAGAAAUCCGGAAAUGUCGCUCCAUGACCAAGAAGCCCUUCGGCGUGAACCUCACACUCCUCCCUGCUCUCGUACCCCCUGACUACGCCGCUUACGCCCAGGUCAUCAUCGACGAGGGCAUCAAGAUCGUUGAGACGGCUGGAAACAACCCCGGACCGGUGAUCACCCAGCUGAAGAAGGCCAACACAACCGUGCUGCACAAGUGCACGACCAUUCGUCACGCCAAAUCAGCCGUCAAGCUGGGCGUUGACUUCCUGUCGAUCGACGGCUUCGAAUGUGCCGGCCAUGUCGGCGAGCAUGACAUCACAAAUUUCAUUCUCCUCAGCCGUGCCCGUCAGGAUCUGGGCGUCCCAUUCAUCGCAUCGGGCGGUUUCGCAGAUGGCCACGGCCUGGCCGCAGCCCUGGCACUGGGUGCCGAAGGAAUCAACAUGGGCACGCGGUUCAUGUGCACGAUCGAAGCCCCGAUCCACCACAACGUGAAGGAAGCCAUCGUCAAGGCCCAGGAGACGGACACUGCACUGGUGCUCAGACGCUGGAAGAAUACAACCCGGUUGUUUGCCAACAAGGUCUCGAAGGAGGCGGUGAAGGUGGAGAAGGAGAGCAAGUCCGGGGAGUUCAGCGACGUUGCCCCCCUCGUCAGUGGUAAGAGGGGUAGGGAGGUCUUCUUGAACGGUGACGUCGAUUUCGGGGUCUGGACGGCCGGUCAGGUCAUCGGCUUGAUCCAUGAUAUUCCCACCUGCGCUCAGCUGCUCCAGCGUAUUGAGAAGGAGGCCCUAGAGGCGAUGCAGCGGUCCCAGUCGUUGUACGUGGCAACGCCGCAGAGCAAGCUAUAAGUGGUUGUUUAUUUGGUCCAUAGCUUUCUUUUUAUUUGAUGGUUUGUUACUCGGCUCAAAGAGACUCCGCAUGUAAGGCAUAGAGCUAGUUGUACUGCAAUGCAAUGAUGACAUGGAAAGUAAAUAGUACGGCCAUCCCUUACUGCCUCACGGGUAACCCUUGAACCAAAAAAAAAAGAAAGAAAG